AAUUGCUGACGCUCUGUAAAAUGGCUUUACGUUUCCGCGCCUACUUCCCGUACGCCUUACCUGGAGUGCUGGCGCUGCUUGGCUGGUGGUGGUUCUUUUCCCGUAAAAAGGAGCACGGAAACAACCAUGCCAGGCGAGCAGUGGGGCGGGGGAGUUUUUUGCCUGUGAACGGUUCCUCGCCCCCGGCAGAAGCGCCUGCUCCUCGAGGACUGCCCCUCUCCUCGGAAGAGGAGCGCCCCGGGAAUGAGCCCUCGGCCUCCGCGCUGUCCGCAGGGUCGACGACGCCCUCUCCUCUGCAUCAGGCUCACGAGAGGGUAGAUUUCUCGCAGGAUCUUCCAGCCCCAGCAGUAACGGCUGUCCAGCCCAGCGCCCUUGAGGACGACAGUGAAAAACUGGAAAGAACAGACUCUCAAGAUGAAAGCAGCGUCCCUGCUUGCGUGUCUCUCCCCCUGGUCUCAAAGAGUGCACAGUGUCACAGCAGUGCUGUGAUCAGCCCCAAACAGGAUUCAAGCUCUGGUGCAACUGAAGGUCAGCGGCCGUCAGCAUCAGUGACGCUGACACGAGAAUCUUCGGGGAUCGUGGAGAAGGUCGGCAAUGCAGAGCAAUCCAAUGAGUCUUCAUUUAAGCCCCCUAAGGAAAACCAGAUGCCAGAAACUGUGCUAGCAGAUACUGGCUCUGUGACAGCCCUCCGUUUGGGAUUGGAAAAGGAAGCCAGUAGACCACUAGCCUUUCACAGUAAUGAAGUUGAAGCUGUAGCAAGUCACAUGGAUUCCAUAGUUGGGACGUUAUCAGACAGUUGCAUGAGGUCUGCCUGUUUAGAGCAGUCCAGGGAAGAAGAAAUGUCUGAGUCGAUUGACAGUAGUGUGCCUGUGUGUCAGGAGGACACACAGCCAAAAGGAGAUGAGUUGGAAAGAGAGAGGAUUGAAGGAGUAAGUUUAGACAAAGAAGUUGAGAAAAUCGAGCAAGUAGCAAUACAGAUAAUUUCCAAGGUCAUUUUGGCAGCAACUGAGGAAGUGCUGUCUGGGUCUGUAAGUGACGUGUCCAGUCGGAUCUGCCAGGCUGCAGCCAGUCGCGCUGAGCCACCCCUGGAAAGGGCAAGUGCUGCUGCUCCCCCCCAGGCGCUGGCAGGGGAGCCUAGGGCAGGGGAUGAGCACGUUGCUGCUGCCGAUGAUCCAGCGGUACCUACAUCCCCACAACCAGGGGAACGUGAUCCGUGUGUGACAUAUUCCAGCUGUUUAACACACGGCCGUUUAUCUAGCCCAGUUCAGGGAGACCCGAAAGACCGUCAGGUAAAGAACUGUGUGCACAGUGAGUCUCCAGGAGCUGGUCGCACUCCUGUUGUGUCCCAUGGAGGGUCCCUGGGAGAGUCUCACAUGGUUAUGGAGGACUCUGGGUGCAGCACGUGUGCAUCCGAAGAUGGGACAAGCAUCGAGGACCCAUUGCAAAACACAACGUUGUCUGGCACAUCAGGCCAGCACUCGGACUCACUGAGCACAUCUGCAACCCAAGACACAUCUGCUGAGCAUAGCUCAGUACCAAGCGAAAAACCUCCUACCCCGAAGCUACCCGAAGACAGUAAAGUGCCAUACAGUAAUGGGAUGUUGAAAGAAGACAGCUCAGACUUGCGUCACGACAGUAACUGGACGGCAGAGACAGAUGGAGAUCAUUCAGGAGGUUCGGAUGUAAAUAGUAUGGAUUCUGUGGACAGCGGCUGUGCCCUGGGGAAGACGGAGGCUCACCAGAACUCCAAGCCAGGAGGAGAAUCCAGCAAGUCCGAGCUCACCAUCUGGGAAAUAGAGGUUCCAAAGCACUUAGUUGGCCGCUUGAUUGGCAAGCAGGGAAGGUACGUGAGCUUCUUGAAGCAAACAUCUGGUGCCAAAAUAUAUAUCUCAACACUACCUUAUACCCAGGACUUCCAGAUUUGCCACAUAGAAGGAUCCCAGCAUCAUGUAGACAAGGCGCUGAGUCUGAUUAGUAAGAAGUUCAAAGAGCUCAGUCUCACCAACAUCUAUGCUCCACCUCCCCCUUCGCUGUUGUUCCAUCCUCUCCCUAUGACCUCCUGGCUGCUGCUCCCCGAUGGAGUCACUGUAGAAGUGAUCGUGGUCAACCAAAUCAACGCAGGGCACAUGUUUGUACAGCAGCACACGCACCCCACUUUCCAUGUCCUGCGGAGCCUGGACCAGCAGAUGUAUGUCUGCUAUACUCAACCUGGAAUUCCAACCCUCCCAACACCUGUCAAAGUUGGCGUUAUCUGUGCGGCUCCAGGUCUGGAUGGAGCAUGGUGGAGAGCGCAGGUUGUUGGCUACUUCAAAGAGAGCGAUGAAGUGGAGAUCAGAUACGUGGACUACGGAGGAUAUGACAGAGUGAAAAUCGACACGCUCAGACAAAUCAGGUCUGAUUUUGUAACACUACCUUUCCAAGGAGCUGAAGUCUUGCUAGACAACGUGGUGCCACUUCCAGAUGAGGAUCAUUUUUCAUCAGAAGCUGACACAGCUGUUAGUGAGAUGACCAGAGGGACAGCACUACUGGCACAGGUCACAAACUACGACAAUGCCACCGGGCUGCCGCUGAUCCAGCUGUGGAGCAUGAUGGGCGACGAGGUGGUGUCGAUAAACAGAGCUCUGGUGGAAAGAGGAUUCGCUCAGUGGAUUGACAGCUACUAGCAAUGUCCGAGAUGCCUCGACAACUUUUUCUAACAAAAUCCCUUUUUUGCACUGUUACAAUUCGGUUUGGCAACCCCUUUUGGGAAGAACUGUUUACACCUGUGUACAAAGUUUUGCGGUCCAUUGAAACUUGUUUUGCUCAACUGUUACCAUUUCACUAGAAACACUUACCUCAUCUCAGUGAAAGGCGGGGUGUUAAAAGCCAUAAUGAGAGAUACUGUAGCUUUAAAGCAAAAAAAAAAAUUCCCCCUGGCCUUUUUUCAAA